AACACCGCAACAAUGAAUUUGGUGUUGCAAGAAUUUUUAUACACUGAUUGACGUUUAUUUUGUUUAUAAAUCGCUUUCAAAUAUCUAAAACACGUUUAUUUGCUAUAUUAUCACUGUAAAUAUGCUGUAUCUGAGGAAAUAUGGUCGCCUUACUUUGUCUUUCUACGUGUUCGUCUAUUCACGGGUUUACCUAACUAUAAAAUAGUGUAAGACAAGGUAUAAUACCAGUUAAUCAUGUCUGAUGAAGAGGUGACGGUUGAGACCUCAGACGGCCAGAUCCUGUCUGCGGAAUAUAAGGAUGGUCAACUACAAAUAGUGGAAGUCACACCAUUUGAAAAGAAUCAGGAAAACCACAUGUUACCGGACUUGUCAGAGGAAGGUGGUGAGGGCACUAAGUACAUGCAAGUACUGGAUACAAGCAAGGGGCUGGUGCAGCUUGAUCUACUUAAUUUGACACUAGUCAGAUGUCAAAAUGUCGGAGAGUCGGAGUCGUUCCAACUGGUGGCCAACGCAGGCACGUCGGACGGAGACAUCUCAUCCGAUGCCACCGUCACCUGUGUGCUGCAGUCCAGUGAUACUGAAGAUCCAGACAACCAAGACUCGUAUGUGAUGGUAGAGAAUGAAGACGGACAGGGUUCUCUCGUGAUCCUCAAAUCUGCACUACAGCAAGCCACCGCUGUGCAGGAGCCGGUUGAGGAACCUAAGAAAACUUUGUCACCAGCAGAUUUGUUAGAAAAGGCGAAGUCUCUACACAAAGCUAAAGCUCUACAAGCGAGCCGUGGCCGCGGGCGGAAGCGUAAGAGCGACCUGCCGCCGCCGCACGAGCUGCUGGCGUCGCCCAACUUCCGCCUGUACCUGUACUCCUGCAAGCUCUGCGCCUUCAAGUGUAAUGCCGUCAAGGAGAUGUCUGCUCAUAAGGCCCGUGAGCACGGCGGCGCGAGUCGCGGUCGCUCUAGCGGCGGUCGCGGCGCCGCCGUCACGCUGCAGUGUGCGAGGUGUCCUUUCCGAGCCGCCAUGCACACACAGUUAAUGAAGCACGUGCAAGAGAAACAUCUGGAGGGUGAAACCAGCAAAUCUCCCUAUUUGUCCCCGGGAGUGCAGGUGCAGCUGUACAGCGCGGCGGUGGCGGCGGCCGACGUGCUGGUGUGCGGCGCGUGCGGCUUCGAGUCCGCCUCGCGACACGCCUUCCGCCGCCACAUCGAGCGACACCACCACGUCACCACCUGCUGACAGUGCGGUAUUCUGGACUAAGAAUCCAAGUCAACAAGGAAUUGAAAUCACAUUCUUUGUUAUAUUUGAGCGCAAUCUUCAUGAAGUCAAUAUAUUCCUAGCUAAGGUUAUUCCAUCGGUUUCACCUGUGAAUAAAAACUAUCCUAUUACCACUACUCACCCAUGGAGUAAAGAAAGAUGAGCGGAAAUGCCAUAAUGGUCAGACGCCUUCUUGUAGGCCAAAUACGAACGGUGGGCAUGACUAAACGAUCAGGAGGCCGAUUCUCCUAAGUUAAUAAUGUCAAAAUUGAAUAGAAAUUGAAUCGCAAUAGCAGUUUUAAUCAUAGCGGGCAUUCUGCUGCUAAUAUAAGACUAAUCGUAUUCCAAUGACAUUCGAUUGGUCUGCCAUUUGGUCUAUACGGUAGUUU